CUCUCACUCACAUACACCCUUUAAUAAUUCAAUUCAUUCUCAAUCAUCUACUCCGUACAUACUUACCCUUUCCACGCUUCCCUCUACUCGACCUCAACCGAGUCCCCCACCCACUGAGUUACCGCCGCAAAUCCCCCGAUGGGCCCGUCAUGGACCCCUCCAAGCGCCCUGAGCCAGCGUCAUUCACUGCGGCGUCAACAUCCCCGGCAACCGACCCUUCAAUGUCCCACCCCAACGACGCGCCGCCCUCUUCCCACCGUCUGAGCUAUCCCUCGAUGCAUGCGACUCCUCUACCGCCGUCUUCGUCGGGCUUCUCGUCGGCCUCCCUGCUAUCGCCCUCCGACCCCCCGCGCUCUAAAGAAACGCUCGUCCACCGCGUCGCUGCGUUCCAACCGGGGGCGUCCACCUCGCCCCGCCCCAGCCUGUCGCGACACUCAUCGUCCUCCACGUUCGGCACCUCCCCCACGAACGCGUCCACCGCCCACCAUCCAAACAUGCCUUCGAAAAAGCCUUCCCUGACGGCGAUGACGGAGCAUCCAGUCCCCACUGCAACAUCCAUUGCGUCGGAGUAUUUCCAGAAGGAACUAAACUGGCACCAGUCCGCCGAGCUACAGUCGCAGACGCUCGUGCUCGUCCAUGAUGCGUGUUACGGCCAUCGCUUCUCACGCCCCCGAGCCUCCCGAGCAGCACUCAACUCCAUAGUAGAACGCCCGGAGCGCAUCCAAGCCGGCGUGCUGGGGAUCUCGGCUGCCUAUGUCCGUCUAGCCCGUCGACAUGCGGGAGGCCUAUUUCCCCCUCAUCCCGACUUGGAUCCGCUCCAGCUGCCGGUGCCGCCAUUCCAGAUCCGCAAGACGGCGCGCACGCUGCCGCUCAACUCCCCCUCAGUCACACACGUGCACGGGUCCAGGUGGAUGGAUGACUUGAAGACCAUGUGCGACGCUGCAGAAUCCCGACUCGCGCUGAACGGCAAGGAGUUGGUCCGUCCGCGCAGUGCGGGCAAGGACAGUGCCAGCCCUAGCGCUCCUGCUUUCCACGAAGGAGACCUCUAUCUAUGCUCAGAAUCCCUGAACGCAUUCGAGGGCGCCCUAGGAGGGGUCAGUGACGGCGUGGAUGCUGUCCUAGGUCCAGGUCCGACGAAGCGUGCGUUUGUCUGCAUCCGCCCGCCCGGCCACCAUUGUUCCGCGGGCCAUCCAUCGGGCUUCUGCUGGAUCAACAACGUGCACGUAGGCAUCUCCUACGCAGCCAUGACCCAUGGUCUGACUCACGCCGCCAUUCUCGACUUUGAUCUGCAUCACGGAGACGGCUCGCAGGAGAUCGCCUGGGAGCAGAACCAUAAGGCUGUGACAGCGCCACGGAACGCGGCCGCCCAUCGAAAGACCAUGGUAGGGUAUUUCAGUCUUCAUGAUAUCAACUCCUAUCCUUGCGAGAUGGGCGAGUCAGAGAAAGUGCGCAAUGCAAGCGUGUGCAUCGACAAGGCACACGGCCAGUCCAUCUGGAACGUCCAUCUAGAGCCGUGGAAGUCUGAUGAAGAGUUCUGGGCGCUGUACGCCGCCAAGUAUACUGUGCUGAUCGACAAGGCGCGUGCGUUUCUCCGCAUGCACACCGAGCGACUCGCUAGUACGCCCAAUGGACCCGCCCCCAAAGCUGCGAUCUUCAUUUCCGCCGGGUUUGAUGCGAGCGAAUGGGAGGGCGCCGGCAUGCAGCGACACCAGGUCAAUGUCCCCACUGACUUUUACGCCCGAUUCACGGCGGAUGUGGUUCGGAUGGCGAGCGAGGAAGGGCUAGGGACCGAUGGGCGGAUCAUCAGUGUCCUUGAGGGCGGCUACAGCAAUCGUGCGUUGACGAGCGGUAUUCUCAGCCACCUGUCAGGACUGGGAGGUUCCCAAGGCACCAUGAACGAUGUGGACGACCAGCAGAUCGACCGUCUGGCGGCGGAGAUGACUGAUCGCUUGGGCCUAUCCGACCGUGCACCUGAAGGGCAGCUGGUGAGCCAGCCCGUGUACAACCGUGAGUGGUGGUCGGCCGCCAUGCUGGAGGAGUUGGAGGCACUGGUCGACCCGCCGGCGGCGCCCGUCAAGCCCCGAGAGAAGUCUGCGCCAACCUACUUUGCCACGACGCAAUCGUUUUCCGCCAAGGUGUCUACGGGGUCGUACUCGAGUCCGGAGCCAGAAGCACCGCUGCCGCCGCCGCCGCCGCCGCCACCGGUCGGUUGGGCGACUGCCGCGCGCGAACUAUCCAAGACAACAAGUUGUCGGCCAGAGGAGCUCAACGCGGAGGCUUCGCGCCUGCGGCGGGAGCGCCAAACGGCAGCUGACAAUGCGACCGCGACCGCGACCACAACUAUGACCACGACCACAACUACAGCUGACAGCCGGAUGAAGCUUCGCACCGAGACAGUCAAACGCACAGCAGCUCACACGUCGGUCCCCCCUCCGCAGCAAAAGAGCGCGAGUGCUACUUCAGCGCGACCUGCGUCCAGUGCCGCUGUGCGGAAGACCGGCUCCUCGCGAUCCAACACACCCAGGCUUUCCACCAGCCCAAAAAACACACCACCUGUGCCCCGAGCUGCAGAGAGCGCUGGACCAGAGACGCCAAACCCGUCGGCCGACAGUGGACCGUCAGAUGUGGACAGUUUGGCGGCCGGUGUGCGCAAGCUGCACAUCAAACUGAAGGUCCCAUCACCGGAGGAGAAUGCAGCCAGAGAAAAGGAAAGGGAGAGACCUUCUAAGGCUGGUUCGAAGACACCCAAGGAGCCUCGAAGGCCCGCUGGCCGGGCGCUGUCGGCUGGGGUUCAUAAGCCUGUAUCUACAGGUGAAGUAGAAGUCAAGGAAGACCGCUCCAUCGUGACGCCAGCAGCAACCUCGCCCCCGCCUGCUAUGGAGAGGAAGCCCGAGGGCGCUGCCAACGGCUGGAACUGUGCAGGAACCGACGUGGCUGCUGCUGCGAUGGCCAUGUCGCCACCACUGACGCCGGGAGACGGACCAGAUGGCCGGCCGCAGUCGUCGUUGUACUCCCCACCUGGGAUGACCCUGGCGCGAGACGGAUUACCGGUAAUGAUGAUGCCACCAGCGGACCAUGAAGGAGAAGGUGGAGGAAGUAAUGGAUAAGGUGGGCACUCGUUUCUGUUGGCAUGUAUUGGGAUCUGGCGUGUUUCGCUGUUUGAUAUACCCCUGUUGGAGUUUUAGCCGUAAUCGGAGUCCUUGAAGUUUAGUCAAAGGCAGGCUCUAACUAUAUGGACCAUAAAAUCACUUACCAGGACCAUAAACUAUACCUAAUCGGCCUUGGCGGCUCGCUUAACCCGUCGCUAUACCCAAAUAGAAGAAGCU